AUGAAGAUGAAUAGAUAUUUAGUGUUUCUGACUGUUAUUUCUAUGUGUUUUAUUCGAAAUGUUUUCUGUGCCUCUGCUGCGAACGUAGCGCAACUGACUCAAGAUUUGUUAACAAACUACGAUAAAAGAGUGCGCCCUUUAGUUGACCAGAGUCGGGCGGUUCAACUAGAUAUAAGUUUCAACCUCUGUGGAAUUAACUCGGUUGAUGAAGUGGCAGAAAAACUAAUUACAACAGGUUUUAUCCAGGUUAUGUGGACUGAUGAAUUGUUGACAUGGACCCCUGCUUCCAAAAACCAGAUCAGUUACAUAUUUCUAAAGCAGAAUGACAUAUGGAAACCGGACUUGGUACUUAAAAAUGGCUUCCAAAAAUUUAAAGAGAUGGGUGGAGAUUUCUACUACGUUAAUGUAGGUAGCGAUGGAAUGGUCCAGUGGAAACCCUAUGAGGUGUUCGAAACCAGGUGCAGUAUGGACAUAACUCGAUUUCCGUACGACAAGCAAACCUGUGAAAUCACUUUCAUUGUUUGGAGUUAUGUUUCUAUUGAAGUAAGCAUCUUAAAAUCUUCAGGGGGAUUAGUUUUUUUCGAAUACGAAGAGAACAGUGUGUGGACGGUGGAGUCUACAAAGGAGACAAUAAAAAAUGCUGGAGCCGAAUCAGAGCUUACGUUUACUCUUAAUUUGAAGCGAAAACCUCAGUAUUACGUCUUGAAUAUGAUAAUCCCUGUUAUAUGUUUAGGGAUUUUAAGCCUUUUGGUUUUUAUCAUCCCGGCUGAUGCAGGAGAAAAGAUGGGCUAUUCCGUGACAGUGCUAUUGUCCUUUGCCGUCUUCCUGACUAUGAUCAGCGCGGAACUACCAGUCAAUUCUGAAAGUACGUCUUUUCUGAGCUUUUAUCUCAUUCUUCAAAUGGUGAUUGGAGCUUCAAUUCUGGUCAUCACAGCAAUACAACUUCGAUUGCACCACAGAAAAAACACCUUUGGUAUUGCUAAAUUCUUUAUUUACAUCGUAAAACUGGAACAGAUUUUGAGGUGCAGAAAAUCGUGUUGCUCUCCAAAAAACAUUACAAAUAUUGAACCAAUGGAUGGUAAUGAUGACAACAAAGAUAAAGUUUCAAAUGACCUUGACAUUGACUGGAGCGAUGUCACUUCCGCUAUUGACUUUCUUUGUUUUUGGAUUUUUCUCUUAGGAAACACAAUUUUAACCAUUUUUCUUUUUGCAUACUUAACUUCUGGAUAGUAAUAGUUUCAGUCCCCGAUUUUUUUUGGACGGGAGUGUUCUUUUUAUGCUCUCGAUUGAAUCUUCCUUGCAGAGUUGUCGUUCGUUUCUCUCAGACACUGUAUGAGCCAAUGGUAGAGAGUGUUCUCGUUUAACUAGAAGUUGAUUGUAAUCACGCGUAGGUCUAUUUCUUAUGUGAUUGAUUUGUAUAUCAUGUAAAAAUAAUUGAUAAUAAAUUCGGCAAUCUCUAA